AUGGGGUAUAAAGAAAGCGAACAAAGAAAAAGAUCAAUAAACAUAUCUGAUGAUGAUUCCCGUUCUAUAUCGAUAUCUUUAGAUAAAUCAAAAAAAAAAAAAAAUAUUUCAGCUACAUGCACUUCAAAGGAGCACAUCAAUGUGGGAAAAAGUAGGAAAAUAAGAAAUAGUAUUGGCAAACAUCGAAAUAAAAACAAAAAAGACCGAAGUACCUCUUCUAAUAGGAGUAUAGCUAGCCAUAAAGGUCGGAACAAGGCUAACACACCUUCUAGUAAUGGAGAAAGUAGCGACACAUAUAAUAGCAAAACUUCUAGUAGCAGCGAAAUUAGUGAAACAGAUGAAAACACAAGUUACAGUAAUAGCGAAAGUGGCCAUUCAUCUUCCAUCAAAAGUGAUAGAUCGUCUAGCAAUAGUAGUACAAGUAGCAGCGUGUUAGCGAAAAAAAAAAUUAAGAAUGAAAAGAAAAAAAAAGAAAAAGAAGUAGAAAAGGAAAUAAACGAUAAUAAAAAAGAAAACUAUGAUGCUCAUAUUUAUGAUAGUAAAGAAAUGAUACGAUUAACUAUAAAUAUACUUCAGAAUUAUAAUUUUAUAAAUAAUUUAAAAGUGUUAUAUAAAAAAUUAGAUAAUAAAAAAAAAAUAUCACUUGAAAGUAUCAAGGAUUUAAGAUUAAAAAAAAAACUAAGGCAUUUAUUCAGAGCUUGGAAAUUAGAAAAAAAAGAUGAAUUUUAUAGAAAACCAUCAAGUUUUAAAGAAAACAUAUAUGAUAUUUUUAGUAGCUUAUAUUAUUAUUUUUUAUCACAAAUCGAUAUAGAAAAAUUGAGAUAUAAUAUUAAUAAAAGAAAAUCUGAUUUAUUAAAACAAAAAGAGAACAAUAAUAAAGAAGUUGAUAAUGCAAAUGUAAAUUAUAAAUACGGGUAUGAUAUUGAUCAAAAUAACGACAAUACAAAUUAUUCCCAUAUUAAUCUUUUCAUUGAAGAAGAAAAGGCGCAAUAUAUUAAUUAUAUAAAUAAUCAAAAUGAAAAAGUUAAAGGUUUAAGAGAAUUACAUGAAGAAGGGCAUUUUAAAAAUAGCAAAGAACAAUAUAAAAAGUUUUUAGAAAAACAUAAAACUGUUGACUUAUGGGGAAAAAGUGAACAAGAGCAAAAAUUUAUACUUAAUUCGAAACAAUCCAAUAAUGAAAGAAAAAUGUUUGAUAGAGAAAGGGAUCUAUGUGCAAAUAAGUUUAUAAAAAAAGAUAGCUACAGCAAAUUAAUAAAAAACACAAAGGAGCAUGUUGAUGGAAAGUUUCACAAAACUUCAGAUAAAGUAAUAUAA